AAAAAAAAGAGAAAAACAAGAAAAAAGAAGAAAAGAAAAGAAGAGAAAAAGAACGUGAACAAGAGAAAAACAAAAGAGGAAAAAAAUAAUUCGUUCGAUAUCAUUGACAAUGAAUUAUAACUAAUACAUUCUGAGACGUACAUAUCUCAGAUAGAUUUACAUGCACUAUGCAGGAUAUAAUCAAGGACUCUUAACCGCUACAAACGUGCAUACUACACGAUUACGUAUGUAUAUGUCAAAUAUAGUAUAAUAUCAAAGAUGCGUUGUCACAGAGAAUUUCAAUCCUUUUUUUUUUUUCUUUUCUCUCUCUCUCUCCCUCCCUCUCUCUCUCUCUCUUUUUGUUCCCUCUUCAUUUUUACCUUACACUUAAAUAACAAAUUAGCUGGCUAAUUAUAGACGUGGACUUCCAAUUGGUAUAAGAAAGGAUAAUAUGAAAUUAGCUUAUGCUUAUAAUGUCCUUUAACGCCCACAUCCCGUUUCUAAUUUCGAGUAUUAUAAAUACGGUUGGGUUUACAUCCUCUUCAUGUAUUUCGCAUAGUAACGUAUCGUUGAGAGCAAGCAAUUCGUAAGAAAUAAAAAGGGAAAACAAAAAGCAAGAAAAAAGAAAAAAAAAAAUAAAAAAAAAAUAAAAUAAAUAAAUAAAGAAGAAUUCGUGCCUUUCCUUUUGUCGGGUCGAUUUAACUUUUCUUUUUUUUUUGGUUUUGUGAAGAAAAGAAAAGAAAAAAAAAACAAAAAUCAAAUAUCAAAAAAAAAAAAAAAAGAAAAUGGAAGGAAAAUUAUUCUUCGCCGUAUUUGUUGUUCUUGUUUCGAUGAAGAAUGUUAAUGCCGGGCCUCCAGAUUGGGUACCCUCAGAAUUGUUAGACAUGGUUGCCGGAGAUAAGACUCGUUGCAUGGAGGAACAUGGAACAACGCAAGCUUUGAUCGAUCAAGUAAACGAUGGAAAUCUGGUAAACGAACGAUCACUAUCCUGCUACAUGUUCUGCAUGCUAGAUGCUUUCAGUCUGGUGGACGAAGAAGGUAAUUUAGAAGCGGAAAUGUUGUUGGGAUUCUUGCCGGAAAAUUUGGUGGCACAGGGCACCGAAAUUCUCAAUGCCUGUGCCAAACAGGACGGAGCGGAUGGUUGCGAAAGGGUAUUCAAAGUUGCACAAUGCGUCCAACAAAAAGUUCCCGAGUUAUGGUUCAUGGUUUAAAAAACGAAGAACGCUAUAAAAACGGAAGAGAGGCAAGGGGAAAUAUAAUCUUCGGAAACUACUUAACGAUUAUUCUAAAUAUUGAUAUUUUUUUUUUGUGCUUCCUUUCUAUUCUCGUCUCCUUCUUCUUCUUCUCCUUUUUCUUUUUCUUUUUUAUCCUCUUUUUGUUCCAAUUAAAAUGAAGAGAAUCCAAAUAAAAGAAUCAUGAUCCAAAUAAAAGAAGGAGCUCGUCGAUGAUUUUCAAUCAACAAAUGAUUAACUAUUUUCACAUUUAUACGUGAUCGAUAAUGUAACUAGUAGUGGACACUUGAGAGAUAAAAUAAAUCACAAAAAAAUAAAUAAAUAAAAAUAACAAAAGAAAAUAAUGUAAAAAAAAA